AUUGCCGCCUCUCACCGAGAGAAGCGCCAUAUAAUAUGAGAUAUGCGGAACUUUUCGGUGGUGUUGCUCUGCAGAAUCAGAACCUUUGGGGGAUUUGCCUGGAACUUUUCGGAACUUUUCGCUGUUCUUCAACGUGUUGAGAUUCCGUAUCCGUUCAUUUCUGAUAAAAGAUCGGCUAAUUUCACCUGAAGAAGUUUGUUGUGAUAGUGAUUUUCUUUAGAAAUUGGUAUAACUAUGGUCACAAUGGAGAAUACUAAUAAGAAAGAAGAUCGUCUACCUAGAGAAGCAAGGGAGAUUUUGCAGCAAUUGGCUAGGAAAUGGGGAGAUGAAACUGAUUCAAGUGCAUGGCAAAUGAUCCCUUUGAAGGGAGCCAUGACCAAUGAGGUCUACCAAAUUAAGUGGCCCACUAAGACAGAGGAUGUCUCUAGAAAGGUUUUAGUAAGGAUUUAUGGUGAAGGUGUGGAUGUGUUUUUUAACCGACAAGAUGAAAUAAAGACAUUUGAAUUUAUAUCAAAGCAUGGGCAGGGACCUCGCCUUCUAGGGCGGUUUUCAACUGGUCGAAUUGAAGAGUUCAUCCGUGCAAGGACAUUAUCAGCAGAGGAUCUACGUGAUUCAGAAAUAUCUUCUCUCAUAGCCUUUAAAAUGAAGGAGUUCCAUGAUCUUGAUAUUCCGGGUCCAAAGAAUGCGAGCUUGUGGAGUAGAUUGCGAAAUUGGCUUAUUGCUGCCAAAAGAAUUUCUCCACCUGAAGAAGCCAAAGCCUUUCGCUUGGAUUCUAUGGAAGAAGAGAUUUCUCUAUUGGAAAAGAACCUCUUGUGGGAUCGUCAAAGUAUUGGUUUUUGCCACAAUGAUCUACAAUACGGUAACAUAAUGCUAGACGAGGAGACCAGAUCAAUAACUAUAAUUGAUUAUGAAUAUGCAAGUUAUAAUCCCAUCGCCUUCGACAUUGCAAAUCACUUCUGUGAAAUGACUGCUGAUUAUCAUACAGACACUCCACAUGUUUUGGACUACACCAAAUAUCCUGGUUUGGAGGAGCGUAAAAGAUUCGUGCAAACAUAUAUGAGCGCUUCGGGUCAGCAGCCCCGCGAUGCUGAGGUGGAGCAAUUAGUCCAAGAUGUUGAGAAGUAUACUCUUGCUAGCCAUCUUGUUUGGGGCCUCUGGGGAAUAAUAUCGGAGCAUGUAAAUGACAUCGACUUUGAUUACAUCGAAUAUGCGAGGCAGAGGUUUGAACAAUACUGGGCUCGUAAACACGUUCUACUAGGCAAGGAAUAAUAACUCGUGUUUAGUUGGUGAGUUUUCGUUUUGAUGUGAAAAGCAAUAGGAAAAUUCGUUUAUGAAGUUCAAUGUUUAGGAUUCGAUUAAAUUGAAUCAAGUGAUGCACAUAAGUAUGAUUCCUGUAUUUGAGCUCCCAUGUUGAAAGGUUGCUCCAUAUUAUUGUUGUGUAAUAAUAGAAAACAAACAAAAUAAAAUUGUUUCAUAAACCAAAAAACUGAAAAAGAAAUUCAA